CUUCCUAUAAAUUUCAUGAUUAUAUCACCUCAUAAACCAUUCCGUUCUGUCUGGUUCUCCAUAGCUUCCCAAAACUAUCAUCUUUGGUCCUUUGGCUUUGCAUGUGAAAUGUCUCAAGCUUCUUUGAAUCAAUUCUUGUAAUUUGGUCACUAGAAUUCCACGGUCAAAAGAAGUGAGUCAUCUUUCAACGCAAAUUUCAUGGCAGGAGAAGCAGCAACAUUACCAUCAUCAAGUCGCAGCAGCAGUACAAGCCUGCCCAAGACUUUCACCUACAAAAAGUAUAGUACCAAUCUUCACAACAACACUAUUUCUUCAUAUCUUAACAGCUCCUCUUCCAGUGAAACCUUCACAACCACAUCCCCCUCCAUUGACACUCAACAACACCAAAUGAGGUUCGGAAGAAAGAAAAAAGAAGAUGUCGUUGGACUCAGUUACAACUCAGAAAAACACUUCAAUGGAGGAAAUCAUGAGAAGAAGAGUAGAAACUCGAGAAUUGUAGAUAGAGGUGGAAGGAAGAUUCAGCGGAAGAAAAAUGAUAACAAUGUUCACCCUAAAGGAGUGAAGCCGGAGGCAAAACCACAAAAGAAAAGUUUGGCCGCGUCAGUCUUGAAAUAUUGGUUUCCAUGUGAACUGAAGAAAGUGAACAUUAGAAGAUUUUUCCCAAGUUUUGGUUGCAAAUGCUCGUGUGCUAGAGCAAAAUCUGUUGAUAUCGAAAAAAGCGUUCGAGAAAGCAAAAGUUCAUCACAAAGCCACAACAAGAAGGUUAAUUAUGAAGGUGUUGAUGGGUGCAAGGAGAUCAGAAAAGUAUGCAAUGAAGUCUUUAAUCCAAACCCGUUCAGUUUGGUUCUAAAUGAGUAUACCCAACCGGAAUCAUCUUCUGAAGACGAGAUAUCCUGCCAGAAAUAUGAUAGUGUAAGUUCCGAGUUACAAAAGUCAUCUGAUUCCCCAGAUUUAAGUUCCAUCCUGCCAGAAAAGCCGCAAAAGCCACUGGAGGUGUUUGGGUCUCCUAUCUCAGGCAAGAAUGUCCCUUGUAGAGUUAUGGAAACUCCAAAAAUAUUCAGCAGCGAUGGAAUGUUUUAUGACGGCGACGACAGUGAUUCAAGUUCAGAUUUAUUUGAGAUCAAGAACAUCAAUUUUUCAAGACUAUCAGAUUCGAGCGCGGAAAAAACGCCGCGGCUUAGUAAAAACAAGAAGAAAGGUCUUGUGGCAAGUACAACGCCCAAGAGGAAUACCUCUAUUGAAAAAGCUUCUAUAAGCAUGUCUAUGCAGAAACGUCGAGACGAUAUUUUGUUAAGUUGCAGAAGUUACAAAGCAGUGAACGUAGCAAGAAAUAAUACGUACAGCAUUGCCAAGGAAACCCAAUCUGACCCACAAAUUAGUCACAGGCUGAAGGAUUCUGCCAGGCCUGUCUCGGAGAAUCGAACCGGUCAUGCUAGGCACAGGGAUUUCAAGGUAACGCAUGUUAUACGUACUAUGCGCAGAAAUUCAUUCUCGUGAUCGUGAUGACACACGUACUGGGCUAUAUUGUGCAUCACAGUCUCUUUGCAGGAAUUUUAAGCAUGUUUUGGUUAUGAAAUUGUAAUGACUAAUCAGGCAAUUUGAUUGUGGUUUGUUUUGUGGUGU